AUGAGGGUGGUGUCGUCCGCGAACUUGAUCAGCUUCACGGAGUCGUGGCUGGAGAGGGAGGACCAGCCCACAGGGAGGACCAGCCGACAGGGAGGACCAGCCCACAGGGAGGACCAGCCCAGAGGGAGGACCAGCCCACAGGGAGGACCAGCCCACAGGGAGGACCAGCCCACAGGGAGGACCAGCCCACAGGGAGGACCAGCCCACAGGGAGGACCAGCCCACAGGGAGGACCAGCCCAGAGGGAGGACCAGCCCACAGGGAGGACCAGCCCACAGGGAGGACCAGCCCACAGGGAGGACCAGCCCAGAGGGAGGACCUGCCCACAGGGAGGACCAGCCCACAGGGAGGACCUGCCCACAGGGAGGACCAGCCCACAGGGAGGACCAGCCCACAGGGAGGACCUGCCCACAGGGAGGACCUGCCCACAGGGAGGACCAGCCCACAGGGAGGACCUGCCCACAGGGAGGACCAGCCCACAGGGAGGACCAGCCCACAGGGAGGACCUGCCCACAGGGAGGACCAGCCCACAGGGAGGACCAGCCCACAGGGAGGACCUGCCCACAGGGAGGACCAGCCCACAGGGAGGACCUGCCCACAGGGAGGACCAGCCCACAGGGAGGACCAGCCCACAGGGAGGACCAGCCCACAGGGAGGACCUGCCCACAGGGAGGACCAGCCCACAGGGAGGACCAGCACACGGGGAAGACUUCUGACUUUAGCGAAAGGACAGUGUAGAAGCACAGAGAAGCCGGGGGUCUGUAUCAGUACAGAGAAGCCGGGGGUCUGUAUCAGUACAGAGAAGCCGGGUCUCUGCCUCCUGCCCGAACCCAGAGGAGCUGUGUGUCUCUGCCUCCUGCCCGAACCCAGAGGAGCCGUGUGUCUCUGCCUCCUGCCCGAACCCAGAGGAGCCGUGUGUCUCUGCCUCCUGCCUGAACCCAGAGGAGCUGUGUGUCUCUGCCUCCUGCCUGAACCCAGAGGAGCUGUGUGUCUCUGCCUCCUGCCCGAACCCAGAGGAGCUGUGUGUCUCUGCCUCCUGCCUGAACCCAGAGGAGCUGUGUGUCUCUGCCUCCUGCCCGAACCCAGAGAGGAGCUGUGUGUCUCUGCCUCCUGCCUGAACCCAGAGGAGCUGUGUGUCUCUGCCUCCUGCCUGAACCCAGAGGAGCUGUGUGUCUCUGCCUCCUGCCUGAACCCAGAGGAGCUGUGUGUCUCUGCCUCCUGCCUGAACCCAGAGGAGCUGUGUGUCUCUGCCUCCUGCCUGAACCCAGAGGAGCUGUGUGUCUCUGCCUCCUGCCUGAACCCAGAGGAGCUGUGUGUCUCUGCCUCCUGCCUGAACCCAGAGGAGCUGUGUGUCUCUGCCUCCUGCCCGAACCCAGAGGAGCUGUGUGUCUCUGCCUCCUGCCUGAACCCAGAGGAGCUGUGUGUCUCUGCCUCCUGCCUGAACCCAGAGGAGCUGUGUGUCUCUGCCUCCUGCCUGAACCCAGAGGAGCUGUGUAGGAGCUGUGUGUCUCUGCCUCCUUGCCCGAACCCAGAGGAGCUGUGUGUCUCUGCCUCCUGCCUGAACCCAGAGGAGCUGUGUGUCUCUGCCUCCUGCCUGAACCCAGAGGAGCUGUGUGUCUCUGCCUCCUGCCUGAACCCAGAGGAGCUGUGUGUCUCUGCCUCCUGCCUGAACCCAGAGGAGCUGUGUGUCUCUGCCUCCUGCCCGAACCCAGAGGAGCUGUGUGUCUCUGCCUCCUGCCCGAACCCAGAGGAGCUGUGUGUCUCUGCCUCCUGCCUGAACCCAGAGGAGCUGUGUGUCUCUGCCUCCUGCCUGAACCCAGAGGAGCUGUGUGUCUCUGCCUCCUGCCCGAACCCAGAGGAGCUGUGUGUCUCUGCCUCCUGCCUGAACCCAGAGGAGCUGUGUGUCUCUGCCUCCUGCCCGAAAGAGGAGCUGAGCUGUUGUGUCUCUGCCUCCUGCCUGAACCCAGAGGAGCUGUGUGUCUCUGCCUCCUGCCCGAACCCAGAGGAGCUGUGUGUCUCUGCCUCCUGCCCGAACCCAGAGGAGCUGUGUGUCUCUGCCUCCUGCCCGAACCCAGAGGAGCUGUGUGUCUCUGCCUCCUGCCCGAACCCAGAGGAGCUGUGUGUCUCUGCCUCCUGCCUGAACCCAGAGGAGCUGUGUGUCUCUGACUCCUGCCCGAACUCAAAGGAGCUGUGUGUCUCUGACUCCUGCCCGAACUCAAAGGAGCUGUGUGUCUCUGCCUCCUGCCCGAACCCAGAGGAGCUGUGUGUCUCUGCCUCCUGCCUGAACCCAGAGGAGCUGUGUGUCUCUGCCUCCUGCCUGAACCCAGAGGAGCUGUGUGUCUCUGCCUCCUGCCCGAACCCAGAGGAGCUGUGUGUCUCUGCCUCCUGCCUGAACCCAGAGGAGCUGUGUGUCUCUGCCUCCUGCCUGAACCCAGAGGAGCUGUGUGUCUCUGCCUCCUGCCUGAACCCAGAGGAGCUGUGUGUCUCUGCCUCCUGCCUGAACCCAGAGGAGCUGUGUGUCUCUGCCUCCUGCCUGAACCCAGAGGAGCUGUGUGUCUCUGCCUCCUGCCUGAACCCAGAGGAGCUGUGUGUCUCUGCCUCCUGCCUGAACCCAGAGGAGCUGUGUGUCUCUGCCUCCUGCCCGAACUCAAAGGAGCUGGGUCGGAGCCUCCAGCCCGAGCACAGCCUGUUCCCUCCCUUCAAACUGGUUUUAAAUGGAGCCAAACUGCUCUGCUUUAAAGACCCAUUCAUCACACGGCGAGUGCGAAGUGCACUGCAGAUGCUAACACUUUCUCUUUUAAAAAAAGGAGAGAAAAUGCAGUAG